UUCCGCGUCCGGCGCGAGGUCACCGCGAUGGCGGCGGCGCGAGCGCGGCGGGCGGGAGCCUCGCUGCUUUGGGCUGCGGUCCGGCACCGGAGUUCCCAGAGCUCAUCCCCGCAGGCAGGACUUGUUGCCAGAACUUCCCUGACUUCGCCCCCAUGGCCUGAAGUGAAACUUCCAGAUCCAGUGGAAGAAGCCAAGUAUCAUGCAGCAGAAGUGGUGCGGAAGGUGAAUGGGCUGAUCUCGGCGGGGCAGUACGGGCGCCUCUUCGCCGUCGUCCACUUUGCCAGCAAGCAGUGGAAAAUCACCAGUGAAGACCUCAUCAUGAUGGACAAUGUCCUGGAGGCUGAGUGUGGAGACCGAAUCCGGAUGGAAAAGGUUUUGCUGGUUGGUGCUGAUGACUUCACGCUCAUUGGAAGGCCUCUGCUGGGGAAGGACCUGGUCCGUGUGGAGGCCACGGUGAUUGAGAAGACGGAGUCGUGGCCCAAGGUCAACAUGCGCUUCUGGAGGAGACACAACUUCCAGAGGAAGAAAAUCAUUGCAAACCCCCAGACCAUCCUCCGGAUCAAUACCAUUGAAAUCUACCCCUGCUUGUCCUGACUGGGGAGGUGUUCCUGGGAAUCAUUGCUGCUCCAGGCAAUUGUGGAAAUAAAGCUGCCUCAGCACUGGGAAUUUCUGGACUUGUUGCUGUGGUGGGAAAUGGAAAUCUCUAGAUGCUUUCUUUUUAAAAUAAUGAAAUAUUUUUUAAAGUGUU